UUCGGUCUUAACUUUGCGCAGGAGGAUCGCUUCAAGGCGAGUCAUGGAAUCUGAAUGACGUAGGCCUCAACUCCAUUUACACGCGCACGUGCAUUUCACACGCAUUACUUUUCAAUAGGCCUUGUCCAAACAACCGCAGUGAACCACACGCGCUUUUCCAGAUUUUAAAACCCCCCCCCCAUGGUUUCGCCGAAAACAGUCCUCGUUCAAAAAAGUCCCGUAGUAAAGGGGUAAUGAUGGCUCUGAAAACGACGUCUCACCACAACCUCGGCGCCGUGCCGCCACCGGCGGUGGAGACGAAUCCCGCCACGACAAACAAUGCCGGGAAGACGGUGGUGCAUAAGACAUUAUACUGGGGCCAUGAUGCCCAAGUCCUGUUCACCGGCUGGCCCAGUACCAACUCCGCUAUGUACGCAUUGGCGGUGAUUUUCGUGUUCGUUUUGGCGGUGUUCGUGGAAUGGCUUACUUAUUUAAACUUCAUGAAGGAAAGCGCCGACAAUGUGUUGACGGUGGUGCUGCAGACCGCGAUACACGCAGUACGUACUGGUUUGAACUAUAUGGUGAUAUUAUCAGUGAUGUCGUUCAACGGCGGGAUCUUCCUGGCGGCGGUCGGUGGCCACGCAGUGGGGUUCGUUCUCUUCAGAGCCCGAGCCAAAAGAAAGGCCAAGUCCGAUUCCCCCAAGCCCAAUGGACCAUUAACGUUCUAAUACGGGCCUAGCUCAUGCGCACCUUUUCCUUUAUUUUGGCAUCAUAUCAAUAAAUAAAUAUAUAUAUAUU